AUGUUGUCCGGUCAGACCGUGGUUCGCUCAGCGAGCCGCUCCAUCCGCCAAGCUUCUCGCUCUUUCGCUCCCGUCUCUCGAGGCGUCGCCACCAAGGCUGCUGCCGGUCCCUCGCAUCCGUCCGCACUCUCAUCGUACUCGAUCGCCGCUGCCGCUGCUAUUGGUCUCGGUGCCUCUGCCUACGCCCUCCAGUCGCGUUCCUCCGCCAUUCAGUGCGAGCCCCGUCGCGCCUGGUCGGACCGCCUCAAGCCCAAGGAGUCCAAGGGAGACGCUUUCCUUCACAACGACGCACACACUCGCCACGCACCCGCUGCCGCACAUGUUGAGGAGGAGGUCGAAGCAGCCGAGGAGACUCCCGUCGCUAUCGAGGUAGCCGUGGAAGAGACUGAGGAGCAGACAGGUCAGCAGUCUGCCUAUGACCCGGAAACCGGCGAGAUCAACUGGGACUGCCCCUGUCUUGGCGGAAUGGCACACGGCCCCUGCGGCGAGCAGUUUAAGCUUGCUUUCUCGUGCUUUGUCUAUUCCGAGGCAGAACCCAAGGGCAUCGACUGUGUGGAAAAGUUCAAGGCCAUGCAAGACUGCUUCCGCGAGCACCCCGAAAUCUACAAGGACGAAAUCGAGGACGAUGAAGCUGCCAAUGCACAGUUCGAAAAGGAGGAGGCGGAGGCCAAGAGCAGCGAAGACAGCACUUCAUCAGCAUAA